AUGAGCAACGGAGGCAGUGUUGAACUUCGCUCCAUCUCACUUCUAGGACAAUAUGCGCUCACUGAAGUAGAGGUGCCUCGCCUUUUGGUGCAGUGGUAUAUUGUUCCUUCAUAGGUUAUGAGCCCAGAGCAACCAGCAGGUCAUGAGUUCAAUCCCCCCUGGGGUCAGGCAAUUUUGCGCGCAUACACUCAGCGUCCCGGCCCCCGCACUUGCCCAGCAGCGUGCCAAGCACCCUGGCGCAUCGACAGUGCUCACAGUGCCCAAGCUGCACUUGCCCAAGCGACCUGAUCAACAUGCCCAGUUGCCUCACAGCCGCACCCACUGCCACAAGCUCUUCAGCUUCGCGCACAGGGGGGUGUUGAACUUCGCUCCAUCUCACUUCUAGGACAAUAUGCGCUCACUGAAAUAGAGGUGCCUCGCCUUUUGGUGCAGUGGUAUAUUGUUCUUUCAUACAUUCCUUGACGAUUACUCGCGCAAACUCUGGGCCUACGCAAUCGGACACAAAAGCGAAGUCUUUGGUGGCAGGCAACGUCCUCUUCAGAAGACGUUGACUACACGCGGAGGAGGGGAUCAGGCCGAAGGAAGGUCGACUGGGCGGGGGCAGGCGACCGAGGGACAACCGAGGAGGGGACGCGGUUGUGAGGCUCGCAGCAAGUCAAGUAUAUCGGACUUUAUUGCCAACGAGAUCGAAAACGAAGGAUGA